AUGGCGCAGCAACCGGCUCACGCACAAGGAGGGUGGUAUCCUCCCCCUCCAGAUGGACAACAAUCAUUCCCUCCUCCACCAACUCAACAAUCAGCCAACUACUUUCCCCCUCCACCGAGUUCCCCACCGGCUCACUCAUUCCCUCCACCACCCCUACAAGCAACACAGACACCCUCCCCGCCGCCUCUGCAACAGCCAACAGCCAAGAGACCAUACAAUUACGCCGCCGUUCCUGCCUCCGCCCCCGCUCACAAAACCACUUUCGAUCAUGGCGCCAUUCACCAGCGACAGCCCUCAUACAACGGUCCUCCUGAGCCUCAGCCAGGUGCGGUGCAUCAGCCUGGGGAACAGAUUUCGUCCCCACGGUAUCAGAGGCUGAAGAAUGAGACGACCGGCUUGGCUAAAGAAUUCGGCGGCCUCAUGCGGGCACCCACAGACACACAGUCCCAGAUGAUUGCAGGCGUGCCACAAGGUGGUCAAUUCGUUGGCGUGCAAGGCACACAGCAAGCAGAUGACGUGGGGACGUUCAAUGGCGGUUCGUAUCGCAUUUCACAUCGAGACACAAACUCGAUUUUGACUAUUCAACUGGCCGUGGGUUGCCCAUUGACUGCCAAACCUGGUGCCAUGAUUGCCAUGUCACCCUCGGUCCAACUCAAGGGAACGGUCAAGUUCAGCAUGAAGAAACUACUGAUUGGUGGUGAGCUGGCGCACUCCAUCUUCACCGGUCCCGGUGAACUACUUUUGGCUCCAAGUACUCUCGGCGACAUCACAAUUCUUCAGAUGGGUGGCAAUGACAAUUGGACCGUGGGACGCGAUGCCUUUCUCGCAUGCACCCAGGGCGUUAUCAAGGACUACAAAAGCCAAGGUAUCAGUAAAGCCAUGUUUUCAGGCGAAGGGAUGUUUGUCUACAGAAUGUCUGGCAAAGGUCUGUUAUGGGUGUCGACAUUUGGUGCCAUUUUGAAGAAAGACCUUAUCGACGGCGAGCGCUAUAUUAUUGACAACGGCCACCUUGUGGCCUGGAACUGCAAGUACGUCCUCGAGCGCGUGGCCAGCGGUGGCAUCAUCUCUGGCGUCGCUAGCGGAGAAGGUCUCGUCUGCAAAUUCACUGGCCCUGGCACCGUCUACAUGCAGACUCGUAACCCGACGGCCUUCCAGGCUUUCAUCACUGGUUCUGCGGCUAAGGAGAUGUAA